CGGUCAUCCGCCAUACGUCCAGCGUCGUCCGCUGCAUCGACCGAUGCUGCCGCUUCCCCAUUAGUGCCGAGCAGUUGGCAAGGAGCUUCAGCCGUUCACUCUAAUGUACCAGCAUCGGCCUCCGGAAGGACCGUGUUGGUCAGGAAAAAAAGGACGUUGCUCAAACUCAAGCCUCUCAUCGUUCUGCCGGUCAAAGUCGCGCUGGGCACCGGUGCCAAGCUGGUGGCAGGGGCCAAGUUCGGAGCCAAAGCUGUUGGAUUGGGCUCAAAGGCAUUGGGCGUCAGUCUCGUCGGACUGAAAGCCGUCCAUAAGGUGGCCAAAGUGACGGUGAAGGCGGCCACCGCUCUGGGCGUCAAGGCGGUGCUGCUCAACUUUUUGUUCCAGAAAAUCAAUCAGGUGAUCGACUUUAAGACCCGCCUGCUGAGCAACCUUGACCAGCGCAACCGUCAACAGAAUGCACAAUUCCUGUCACCAGUGUUGCCCCAAUCUUCUUCACCUUCAAAAUCGGGAUCGAUUGGAAACAAGGUAAGCUUACAUCGAUUCACGAUCUAUCGUGUAUUCAUUAAUAAAACUUGUAAAUAAGAGAAAUAGCUGCAAUAUACAAUAAUGUAUAAUAUUUUAAUGCACAUUAUAUACAUAGUGAGAGAGCAUGAGGGGAUAUAAGUGGUGUCUACAACCGUAUUGAGUAUUUUGUAGACUACCAAAGUGUGGUAUACAGCAGUAUAAUUUAUAGUGAUAGAGAACGAAAAGGGCGAGGGAAGCGGUUG